CGGUCAAUACCGGAUUUUCCGAUGCCGUUUCCAUCCCAAGGUGUACGGCAGAUUCCCCGCGCACCGCGCACGCCACGGCCGAACCCGACUGGCGACGCGUCGCCCGUUGUUCGGUGGAGUGAGCCGGGGCCCGUGCUUGCCGUCCCGUGAGGCCCCUGCCCCUGCCCGUGACCGCCCCGCACCCCCCACAGCCGGGGGUCGCCGGUUUCCGCGACUCCAAAUCCGCGUGCGCCGCCCGCCCUCUAAAUCUGCCUCGCCGGCAGCCGGGCGGGGGCCACCACGUCACACCCAGCCUCUCCUCUCCGCCCGCGGCCCGCCCGCUUCUUCUUCCUCGCCAUCCCUUCUUCUAGCGCGGAGGCGCAGAUCCAUCGGGCUUCGGGGGCUCGGUUCCAUCCCUCUGCCAGCUGGGAUUGGAUUGGAGCAUCUUCCCAGCACCACCCACGCGGAAGCCAUGACCAUUCAGUUGCUCCGCUGACGACUCCUCUGACGACAGCACGGCUGCGCUGACCUGCAGGCCUCUCGCCCACGCUGCCCUGACAGGGUAAAGUCAGGGGGUGGCGUGUGUGGGUGGGGGGGGGGGACAAUCAGGUGAAUAAUCAUGGACAGAAGAGCUGGGGCGAUCCUAGUGUUCCUGCUCGUCGUCCUGGUCUGGGAUGUGGCGGCGGUCGCCGAGACCGAGCCUGGCAGCGUGCGGCUAGUACAGGAGGCGCCACAUAGGAAGGUGGUGGAGGAUGGGGCCAAGGCGGGGAGGGUGCCGGUGUCGACCGUCGCGUGGUCCACGCUUGCCAUGGCCGCGGCGACGGGGUUGGGAGCGGUGCCCUUCUUUUUCAUGGAGCUCGAAGCGCAGUGGGCUGGCCUUUGCAAUGGGCUGGCGGCCGGGGUGAUGCUGGCCGCCAGCUUUGACCUUGUGCAGGAAGGGCAGGUGUAUGGCAGUGGGAGCUGGGUUGUGUUCGGAAUUCUGAGUGGAGGUAUAUUUAUUUGGCUUUGUAAGAAGUUUCUUGAGCAAUAUGGAGAAGUAAGCAUGUUAGAUAUAAAAGGGGCAGAUGCAAGUAAAGUUAUUCUUGUUGUUGGAAUAAUGACUCUUCAUUCUUUUGGAGAAGGCUCUGGUGUGGGUGUUUCCUUUGCUGGCUCAAAAGGGUUCUCUCAGGGUCUUCUAGUUACUAUAGCUAUAGCAGUGCACAACAUACCAGAAGGCUUAGCAGUAAGCAUGGUUCUCGCGUCUAGAGGGGUGUCCCCCCAAAAGGCAAUGAUGUGGAGUAUCAUUACAUCUUUACCACAGCCAAUUGUUGCUGUUCCUGCAUUCCUCUGUGCCGAUGCAUUCCAGAAGGUGCUUCCCUUUUGUACUGGUUUCGCAGCAGGGUGCAUGAUAUGGAUUGUUAUAGCGGAGGUUCUUCCUGACGCUUUUAAGGAAGCAACUCCAUCUCAAGUAGCUUCUGCUGGAACACUCGCUGUUGCUUUCAUGGAAACAUUAAGUACGGUGCUUCUGGGAUUUACAGAUGGCAACAAUGUGGAAGACGCAUCAGGCUUCUUAGUAUCACUUGUGUUUGGACUCGGUCCACUUAUCGGUGGAAUUAUACUCGUCACAUUCUCUCUUGGGUUCAGCAUGCCGCACCCUCUUCUCACCGGUGUCGCAUCCGGCAUAGCUUUCCGUCUCGCGGCAUGGAGACCUGUGCAGCUCCUAAUGACCUCAAAAAUGGGUCUCUUCACCACCCUCUUCCUCCUCAUCGGAGGUUCCCUGGCCUACCACGCCGCCACAUCAAGCAUCCUCCGGUUGUUCAAUCGCAAAAGGUCUUCCGUGAACGUGAUCGCGUCAUCCUCCGGCCUCUCUCUCAGUGCCCUCACAGUGCAGUCCCUUCUUGCCUGUGGCGCCGUAUUCCUUCACGCAUAUGCUGAAGGGCUUGCGCUCGGUGUCGCGGCUCGCAAGGCCUAUGGCCUCGGCCGCUACAUGGUUCUCCCAGCCUCCCUCCACGGUCUUCCACGUGGCGCUGCCGCGGCGAGCUGCGUGUAUGGUGCCACAGAUAGCUGGCGUGGAGCCCUUGCCGCUGCCGCUUUGACAGGGCUCGCAGCGCCGAGCGCCGCCAUCAGUGCAAUCCUUGCGAAGAUCGACUAUGAUGGGCUUGACUACUGGAUGGUCAUAGCGUGCGGGGCUCUGAUCCCCAGCUUUGGCCGCGUCUUCAGGCGCUCACUGCGGUUGGACGUGCGGAAGAGCGUCGUUGGCCUGCUGGUAGGUGUUGCCUUCGCCUCCGUGUGCUUGAUGUCGACUAGAUUCAUCUGUCUGCACACUCCUUACUGUAACUCGGCUCCAGAAGCCGUCACAUAACUUUGUUGCUGCCCCGUGCUGUUGUAAAACACAUGUAAUACUAGUGUAAUGGCGAUACAAAAGGAGGAUGUGGAAGGGUUACGUUGCGUCGAAGAGAUCUCUUACGGCGAUACAACAAAGGGAAAUGGAUGUUGAACAGAAUUUGCCUUUUUCUUGCUGUCACUUGUGUAAAAUUAUUCCCAAACAUUGCCUGAACGAUAGCCCAUUCAGCCGUUAACCUCAGUCCCAUUUGAUCA